CUCGAACUUACAUAUAACUAUGGGAUUGGCAGCUAUAGGCACGGAAAUGAUUUUGUGGGCAUUCAUAUUCACUCUCCAUCAGCUUAUGAACGCGUUUUGUCUGAACCAAAUGCGAAAAAAACUAAAAAUGAGGGUGUAGUUGCCGUGACUGACCCAGCUGGUUAUCAGUUCUUCAUUCAUAAUGAGAAAAGUAUCAACUCCGAUCCUGUUAGACAACUCGAACUUGUUUCAUCUGAUAUCAAAAGGCAAGCGCGAUAUUUAUCGCAUAAAAUUGAAAGUAUAUUUUUAGAUUACUGGUCCAACAAAUGUGGCAUGAGGUUACUGGAGUCCUCAGAUAACUAUGCUUUGCUCACUUUUGCCGAAGGACAAUGCCAGCUUAAGUUGACACAUGCUGAUAAACCAAUUGAUCGAGGGCAAGCAUUUGGUAGAGUUGCAUUCGCUUGUGCCAGAGAACUUGUAAGCUUUUUAACUACGUUAUUAGUUUGCGGUUUUGAAUGGGGAGUUAGUUUUAUUUUGGCUUUUAUAAAGCUGGCUCCACUGCAGAAGAAAAUGGAAGAGGCUAAGGAGACCAUUCUGACACCUUUGACCAGUUUGGACACUCCUGGUAAAGCAACAGUUGAAGUAAUCAUUCUUGCAGACCCAGAUGGACACGAGAUCUGCUUUGUCGGCGAUGAAGCAUUCAAAAGUCUAUCGCAGGUGGACCCGAGAGGCGAUGAAUUAUUGAUCGAUGCGAUAGCUAGAGACAACAGUGAUAAGUGGUUUGAAAAGCACGGCGGAAAGAAGGCCCAGUAA